GCGCGACAGUUGCCGGCCGGGCGGGGUUUUACGGCAGCGGGCGCGGGGCGGCGGCGCGGCUGGUGGCGGAGCCCGGCCCGGCCCGGCCAUGCUGCUCACCGUGUUCUGCCUGCGCCGGGACCGCUCCGAGCUCACCUUCUCCCUGCAGGUGGACGCCGACUUCGAGCUGCAGAACUUCCGGGCGCUCUGCGAGCUGGAGUCCGGCAUCCCCGCGGCCGAGAGCCAGAUUGUCUAUGCCGAGAGGCCUCUAACUGACAACCACAGAUCAUUGGCCUCGUAUGGCUUGAAAGAUGGGGAUGUGGUGAUUUUACGGCAAAAGGAGAAUGCGGAGCCACGGCCUCCAGUCCAGUUUCCAGGUCUGCCCAGGAUAGACUUCAGCAGCAUUACAGUGCCUGGGACGUCGGCCCAGCUGCAGCCACAGCAGCUGCCAGCGCAGCAUCCUCGCCCAUCGCCCCCGGGUACACCACCGUCCCUGCAGGGCUUGGACAAUCCGGCGCUGUUACGGGACAUGUUGCUUGCCAAUCCCCACGAGCUGUCCCUGCUGAAAGAACGCAAUCCGCCCCUGGCUGAGGCACUGCUCAGUGGAGACCUUGAGAAAUUUACCAGGGUGCUGGUGGAGCAGCAACAGGACCGAGCCCGCCGGGAGCAGGAGAGAAUCCGUCUGUUUUCAGCUGACCCUUUUGAUCUUGAGGCUCAGGCAAAGAUAGAAGAGGACAUAAGGCAACAAAAUAUUGAAGAGAACAUGACAAUAGCUAUGGAAGAGGCCCCAGAGAGCUUUGGCCAGGUGGUGAUGCUCUAUAUUAACUGCAAAGUCAAUGGACAUCCAGUGAAAGCCUUUGUUGACUCAGGUGCCCAAAUGACCAUUAUGAGCCAAGCUUGUGCUGAAAGGUGUAACAUAAUGAGACUGGUGGACCGGCGCUGGGCAGGCAUUGCUAAGGGUGUGGGCACGCAGAAAAUCAUUGGCAGAGUGCACCUAGCUCAGGUUCAGAUUGAAGGGGAUUUUCUGCCGUGUUCUUUCUCUAUCCUUGAAGAACAGCCCAUGGAUAUGCUUCUAGGACUGGAUAUGCUUAAGAGACAUCAGUGUUCCAUUGAUCUCAAAAAGAAUGUACUAGUGAUUGGCACCACUGGAUCUCAGACAACUUUCCUUCCGGAAGGGGAGCUCCCAGAGUGUGCAAGACUGGCAUAUGGGCCAGGACGGGAGGACAUGCGGCCGGAGGAGAUUGCAGACCAAGAACUGGCAGAAGCUCUACAGAAAUCUGUAGAGGAAGCAGAGAAUAGUGAUAAAGAAACUACCUCACUGGAAAUGCCAUCUUUACCAUCUUCUGAUGGAUUUAAAAGUCCAGUCCAUUCUUCAGGACUAAGUUCCAAGAGCUGUAAUCCCACAAAUCAAUUACUUGAUCGCUCCGUCUCUGCCCCUGCUUCAAUUUGCUCACACAAAUCUAGUCUAGCAGAGAUAAUUGAUUCUACAGCUGUGAAGUCUUUGGAGUCACCAGCUGAAUGCCAGCUAGCUCCAGACCCUCUUCUGUUACAGAAUCUUUCCGAUCAUGCUGCUCAUUCAGCACACAAUGACCAUGCUAUCCAGACUGGAGCAGUAGCCUGUCAUAGUCCAACUCUACCUUCACAGAAUACACUUGAAAAAACAGUGGCUACUGACAGUCUAAAGAAAUAUGCUAAAGAACUAGCCCAUGGUCUGGAAUCUCCUAUGGAAGUGACAAGAGAAGGCAGUUUGUCUGACACCACCAGCAAGCAUGGGCAGCAGGCGGUUCUAGAUGUAUCAUUGCCUUCAGAACCGCUGGAACGGAACCAAAUGAAUGAGUUUCCUUUGGAUCUUCAGACAUACAAAGAACCAGUGAGUGAACGAUGUCUGGAUAAACAGAAUGAACCAACCGAGCCAGAAUAUCCUUGUAAUGUCAGUGGCCUUGAGUUACCUGCUGUGGGGGGGGAGCAAGGCCUUACGAACAUCCAGCCGGAAUCACCCGUUGACUCUCUUGCUGAGAGAAGAGAAAGUAGCCUGGAGAAGAUAGAGCUAUCGUGUGGAAACGGCAAUAUCCCAAUGUCCGCAUCCUGUGGCUGUACACAUACAGAAAUCUUCAUGGAAACAGAUGUAGCUGAGCAGUCUGUAAUCACAGGGCAUAACUUGUCAAGGAAACAGAACGCUCAAGCGAAGAAUAUUGGUGGAUCUUGUCUGAAUGUAGAUUGUUCUUUGAUGCAAGUAGAGUCAGCAAAGCAUGACUCCUCCUUCUCUGUAUUUUCGAGUAACCCAGUUUCCACUAGUGAUUUACUGCAGCCUGAAACCAAUGUUGAAAUGACUGCAAUAUGUACUGAGUUACCUAAUUUAUCAGCUGAAGAUAGCUCUUCCUCACCUGACAUUCGUCAGGUGAACGGUGAUACAGCAGCAUCCACUGAAGAGCCAUGUUUAUCUUUAACAGCAGCAUUGAAGGAGCUUCAUGAACUUUUAGUUAUAAAUAGUAAAGGAGAUUCUGUCAUUUUUAUGACUGAAGAAGACACGGGUCAGCCAGAAACUGUUCUUGAAGAGCAAAUGGAAUGCAAGGAGCUUUCUGAUGAUGAACAUGAAAGUGUGGAUCCAGAGAGUGGGGAUCUAAAUAGCUCCUUUCAUACGGUGAUGCCUGAACAUGCGAACCCUGAGGGGCUAGCAGGGGCACCAUCUUAUGCUAUGGGAAUAGAAAAUGCUAGCAUCAAGGUUUUAACCAGCAGCCAGUCAACUGUUGAAAAAGAUGCUCUAGAGAUACAGAAGUCCUCAGGUAAGAGUAAUUCUGUCAUUCUGAGCUCAGUUGCAACAUUUGAUCAACUACAGAAUACUGAGCAGGCAGAAAUUUUACCUGAACGUUUAGUAAAUGACCAAGUUCCAGCCAGUCAGACUUUAGAGCUGAAGAGAUCACGUUCACCUGAGCUCACGGUGGAGGAAGAUGUUCCUCAGGAUGCUCAGAGCCUGUUAACAGAAGUGUCUGAAAUAACUGACAGUUCCUCAAAUCCUGAAGAUCCAAGGCCACCCUGUGGACUUGUUGAGCCAUUGCUCUGCCCUCCAAUCAGCGAUCUGGAACUGCCCUCCAGACUUCCUCCGCUGCCUGUUUUCCCUGCCGCCGACAUUAGUCAGAUUCUGUGCGCUGGCUUUACCAUGCGGGAAGCUCUUGAAGCUUUGGAGCAAGCUGGUGGAAAUGCAAACCUUGCUCUUCUCUUUUUAUUAGCCAAGAAUAUUGUAGUUCCUACAUGACCAUGGAAAAGAUGGCCUGACUGCUCCAUCGUCCUUUUAAAGAACAUAUCUAAAUUAUAUAGAGUAAGCUGCAAGCCGAAUGUUGUCAGAUUUUUUUAAAAAAAAUUAUUUUUAGCCAAAGUAAUUUAUGAUCUCUUGUGUGUGUGUCAUGCGUUAAAUUUGGGCCUUUUUAAAAGAAAAGUCUUGGCAUUGUGUAAACACAUUAGCUUUGAAUUUUCCUUAAGAUGGUGCAUACUGGAAUAAAAUUGUUUUUAUUUAAUUGUAUGAUUUUAGAAUGAGCUCCCAUAUUAUGAAUAAAAAGCAGAAGCCAUUGAGAAAACCACCACCCCAUUCAGGUAAAAGCAGAUUGCGAAAUGAACUGAAUGUGCAUGUACAUGCAUCCCCAAGGCAAUGGAGAGCAUGUGCUGUUAUAGGAGAGGCACACAAGCUAUGAACUCAAUAUGGUACAAACUGAAACAAAGUUUGUCAAUUAAGCUGUUUGGAAUUGUACCAGUGAUCACUCUACUGUGCUUUUAUAAUCUGAUAUUAAUCUGAUGCUGAUGAAGAAUUGUAGCAGCUACUAGAGGUAUGUCAGUGCUCACAGGGUUCCGGAUCCAAAAAGGUUUUGCAGGGAUGUUCAAAGCUUUCACAUUUUUGUGCAUUGAAAGCUGAUGCGUAGAUUCCCAAAAUGUAUUCAGCUAUUGGGCCAGCGUGUUAAAGUUUACAUGGUGGGGCAGGGGGAGGAGGGAGAUAAAGUUUGGUGCUACCAAAAAUAAGAGACAAGGCAAAUGAUCUAAAGAUAUCCUGGGGUUAAUCUUUUAUUUCAUUUCCCCUAAUGAAGGAUGUUUGAUCCCUUUAUAGAUUUGCCCAUAUCUUCCUCCACACAGAAGGGAGGGGUGGGGGGAAGCCUUCUUAAGGAGAUACCUUUUAAUUUGUUUUGUUAAUUUCAUAAUUGCAUCUGUUGCUAUGGCUUUUCUCCUUUUGCUUCAGUCCCCUACAAAGGUAUAUACUGUAACUGUUAAGAGAAUGGAUUCUCUAUGCACUGAGUAGGGAUGUAUAAUUAAAGGAUUGAAGAAAUUUGCUUUGCACUAGUUUAUCUCAAUGCUUGGGGGUGAUCAAUCGCUCAGCCCUUUUUAAAAUGAAAACUCAAAGGCUAUGAUAUUCACUGCAGAAAUCUUCACUGCAAAAACUCUUAGUGGAUCUCAGUUUAGUACCAUGUGAUAGGUGAAGACGCUCCACGUAAAGCAACCUGAAACUAGGGCACUGAUCUGGCUUCUGUAUUACAGCCAUGGAAGCCUUUCAGGAGGUUCUCAUCAAGAACUGUCUUUUUAGGACCUGCAGAGACUGUGCUCAGGAAAGGCUGAUUCCAGGGAAUCAGGUGCUUUCAUGGGAAUGAACGACUCUUUCUUCUGCUUUAUGGAGGUUCAUGACACUGUUGAGGAGGGGAAGAGGGAAAAGCAUGAUAAAAUGUGAUACCAAAUUGUGAGUAGAAACCUUAAUCCGGUCCCAUUUGCAAAUCUCUGAAAUGGCUUCACCUAAAAUGUAAUCUCUGACUUCCUGCUUGAGACAAAUAAACUGAAGUCGUGAGUCCACAGUGACUGAGAAUCCAUUUUCUCAGCACAUUAUGUACGUUGGGUUUGUCUGGGGCUCGGGGCUUGCUUAGAAUAUUUGCUUAUGUGCAUUUGGGGGCUUUCAGGGGACUGAUUUAUAAACCACAUAUAUUCAGUCAGAUAUAUAGACUUGUGGGAGUCCCUGAUGGCAGUGAGGGAUAACUUGAUUUUUUUUUUCAGUGGGUAAUGUAGUCAAGAAUAGCUUUGAGGAGUCCUGUGAACACCCCAUAGAGCUUUCACAAGAAUUGUGACCAUAGAAUCUAGGAAACAUCAAAUGAUUUCUUUAAACCUUGCUCAAGGCUUCUUGAGGAAAUACUGGUGUUUCAGGAUUUUUACCAAGCACUAAAGGCUUGAUAAGAAGCAGGUGGUGGCAAUAAGCACCUUAUGAAGUAUUCUACAGUGAGCAGUACCCGGGUGGUAAGCUGUAGUAUCUUGGGUCAUUAUUGUAGAAUUGACUUAUAAGAACCCUUUCUCAAGGGCCUUUGGAAAUGAGAUGUACUAUCAUAUCCUAGAACAUCUCUGGUCAAAUGGAACUGCUGUAGGAAUUUUUGAGGGGAAGUUCUAUGGCCAGUGUCAUACCGGAGGUCAGAUCAGAUGAUCACAAUGGUCCCUUCCGACCUUGGAAUCUAUGAAGCUAUCCCUAUUUGCCUCUGCUUCAGCUCGCUACAAACAGUAGCUAAUAGUAAAGUUCCUUUCUUUCCCAUCUAGACUGUUCUUAGUCCAAACAGCCAGGCUCUGCUCCUAGGUAUGCUCUUGCAGCACCAUAGACUUCACUGGGAGCUUCUUGGGGAAGAUGCUUAGCUGGUAUAAGCUGUCAUAUCUCAGUUGAAGACGCAAGCCGAGGGUUUGCCCUUAGAGCUGAACUUGCUGCCCUUGGCACACAGCUUGAUUUACUGCCCCCUAUUUAAAACACCAGAUGUUAGUCAUCCGAUGUUACAAUACCCAUGUCAGAUUUACAUGUUAACUUUUUUAGAAGCAAUUGCUAAUAGCUAAAUGAUGGUAUGGCUGCUUUGCACAGGCCGGGUGAAGGUUCUAGUUUUAUGGCCAUAGUGAGUUACAGAUUGCCCCUGCACAAUUUAUGCUAAUGAAACUUUAGAGCAUCAGCCAGUUUGCUUUGAUAGUUUUAUUUUUUCUGUCAUAUACUAUAGUUUUUAAAUUUUUACAUUUUUGAACUCUGCCCAUGCUUUACAGAAAAUAAACGCAAAUCAGUACUGCUAAAAUUUCCUGUGUCACUUUCUCUAAAUGGCUGGAAACAGAGGCCUGACCCCAAAACUGUAAAAUCGCUGCAAUUACCUAAAAUCCAUCUAAACCUGGUGCGUUUAAGGUCUGUAUUAUAUGGAACUGCUUUGAGUGAGCUAUGCAAUUGGAUUAAAUUAGAGAAUAAACAGAACUGAAUAAUUUUGUCUCUUAAGGAACAAGAUUCAAUAAACAGAAUUAUAAAACUUGAAAAAAGUUUGAUUCUAAAACAAUUUACUUGAAUCUUCUUAAUCCAGUAGAAUGCAUAGGGUUGUUUUUCCUUAGAGAUAGUGCUACCUAAGAACUGUUGUCUUCUGUUUUAAUGUGUAGCACCUGUCCUUUUGCUAUGCAGUACACUACCUCUGUACAAAGUGAUGUGGAAUCACUGUUGGAUGACAGUGAUAGGAGAGACUGCAUAUAUUUUGUCCUCAGAGGAGAGAUUUUGCCUCUUCCCUCUUUCCCCUCUUCCCCCCCCCCGCCCUCCAAAAAAAAAAAAAAAAAAAAGGUGGAGUGGAGUUCAGGCUUGAUUUUUUUUUUUUUACAAUGCAGAUGACUUUCCUCCCCCAAACUCUUGAAGAGGAAAUUAGAAUCCACCCUGUGUAAACCAAAUAGCACAAAUUAAGUAUUUUGUUUGAGGAUUAAAGCAUCAUUUCUAAUUAACAUUGCAUACAUCAGACAGAACACAUGACUGCAGUGUAACUGUACAGUCAACUUUAUGAUCAAAUCUGAGUUCAUCAGAAGCUAACGAGGAUGGGUAUGAAUAUACUAAGAACUAGCUGGUUCUGGGAGCUGGAGUGGAAGGCAAGAUGAAAAGGAGCAAUGGCAAGGCUGGAGAGCAUUUUCUUUUUUGUCUGGUAAUCCUUUGACUGUCUCUUAAUUCUUGCCAAGAAGUGGACCCAUCUCGGGCUGGUAUUUUCCAAGUCUGUGUUCAGUGUUGUUCAUUGGCCUUUAUCCAUUGCCAAAUUGCAAUUAAGCACUUGUUGAUAGCUUCAGUAGAGACACCAAAGAUUGAAUGGGCCUUGUAAACUACUCCCUGCACCGAAAGGGAAUGUUUCCAGAUUCACUGCAUUUAUUUAGUGCCUUAAAUCAAAGGGUCUUAAAACUCUGCAAAUAACUGAGUUAAAUCUUGUGACACCCUGGUGAGGGAGGGAAACGUUUUCCCUAUUUUACAUAUAAGAAAACUGGCCCAGAGAAGCUGUGUCUUACUCAAGAUACCAGGAAGUCUUUGGUAGCCUUUAGCAAAUCACUUAACCUCUCCAUAUGUAAAAUGGGAUGGCAUUUCUCUCACUUAGCAAGGAUGUUGGAAGGGUUUGUAAAGCCCGUUGGGUCUGAGAUGAUGUAACUGAAGAGUAUUCUUUCUAGACUAAGGUGUGCUGCAUGCUGCUAGGUGUUUUACAGAACUAGGGGCUUGAGGGGACAUCCAGUGGGCUUAGGAUCCUCUUUCUACAUCUACUUGUGUCCUCCCAGCACUCAACCCCAGCAUCCCUGUUGAGAGAGAGAGAGAAACCAUGGGGUGGGGUAUGCAUAUCUUAGCCUGGCUCUCUUUCAGAUUUGGAGCCCUCUUGUUUUCUUCCCUUGCACCUGCCAAUCCCUGGGAUGUUCUCUUAACCUCCUCUCCACCUUGCUGGCUCCAGAACCUAAAUACCAUUCUCCUUAGAGGGCUGGAUAAAGGUCAUAACUUCAGUUUGGCUUUAAGGGAGCUAAUGUGGCAGCCCCAGGACUGACACCCAGUGCAGCAUCUCUGAGUUCAAACAUUGUUCCUAAACAACAAUCUGGAUUAGAGCCUCUUUGUGCCCUUUGACCAGCAUCAAUCCUCCUCUCCCCAUUCAGAGCAGUUUGCCCCAAACGGGAAUAUUUCUCUUAUCUGUUUCCCCACACCCCAAACUCUGCCAAUGCCUCUUAAUCCUGACCCACAGAACCUGGGCUGCUCUAGCCUGCGGACAACCUCUCAAGAAAAAUCUGGGUUUUACCACCUUAAGCAGACAUGGGGGUGCUGUUAGGCCUUGGUACUACACAGCGCUUUGCCAAGGGGCCCUGCUCAGUACAUCAACAACUGGGUAAAGUACCCAAAUGAUAAUAUGCCUUGUGCUGUAAAUAGGACUGUUCCUACUCUUCCAUCCCCAUACUCAACUCCAAAGCAAACCCGUCAGCACAGUGACUCAUCAGUCCCCUUCCUAGUGCCUCCCUGUGAAAUGUAUAAGUGGCAGAAAAUUUUUUUAAUGUGGAAUACAGGAACAAUCAGAAGCUUCUUAAUAAAAAUCCCAGUUUGUGUAGGAAAUUCUGUCAGUAGCCAUUGUUCCCAUUGAAGGAAUUCUCUCAUUCCCAUAUUUAAAGCUGAAUGCACAGUGUUCUAUGAAAUGGGGCAAGGGCUUACCAAGCUAUCGACAUCUGAAUGUUUUCAGUGCCUGUCUGCAGAAGAGGAUGGUGCCAGUGAUACACUGGGUAGGGGGAAAGAUGGACCUGUGCUGUGCUGAGUAAAGUAGACCUUGGAAACGUCUCAAGAAAUUGAUGGUGGUGAGGAGGGCAUAAGACAAAGCCACAGUUCUUGGAGCAGGAAUCCUUUGGUCAGUUCCCUCGAGGUUGGUCUGGGGUUUACUAGGGUUUUAAAGUCGGCAAGCCAACAAGCUUUGCUUGUGGAAAAGACCGUGGAUCCAUAAUGUUAGGACUUUGAGGUCUGGCUGUUUCAGAUGCUGCAGGGGGAUCAUCUUCACAGGUGAAAGAAUACUGCCCUGAUGACCCAUUCAAUACUUGGCCUUAUCUGUGAGGCUGAGGACAAGGGAGGCAACUGUGAUGGUGACUUUUGUGAUGCGAGUACCAGCUACUGGGUAGGUUUGAAGUAGAUUGGCAGGGGAGGGGGGGAAUCUUGCAAUGCUGCUGCCUAUGCUGAACUGUCUGUGGAUAGUGGAACUUUGCUCUUCAGGGCUGUCAACCAGGCACCGUUUGCAAAAGUUCCCUGCUCUCCAUCUCUUCCAUGUCAAGCUGUUUGGUUCCUAUUUGACUGAUGCUUUUUAGCUUAAGGGUUUUGCAAACUCACUUGAGGGAAUCCGUACUCAGGAAUCCUAAAGCUGGUUGCACUUGUCACUUCUAGGCUGAACAUAUGUGGUUUUUCUUGCAGCUGGGUGUUGAGGAGGGAAGAUUCAUUAAUCCGGUAAUGGGAUGUCGUUCUGCCCUCAGUAAUAAGUCUUUUUUUAUUUGACUUGAUUUUUUUAGUAUUGGGGGACUGUUUCUCCAGGAAAAAAUUGAUGUGCAAAAAACAAUUUGAUAUUUAAAAAAAAUAAACAAGUUUUAUCACAA